AUGGCCACAGCCGCCACCGUCGCCACCGCCGCCAUCCGGGCCACCCGCCAUCCCCAUGGCAACGGGCUGCUAGCGCCGGAUUCUUCCCGCGACCCCUUCCCUUUCUCAGUGGUCCGGCGCUGCGUCAAGCUCUGCACUGGCCAUGAGUACGCUGCCAAGAUCAUCAACACCAAAAAGCUCUCGGCCAGAGACCACCAGAAGCUGGAGCGGGAGGCCCGCAUCUGCCGGCUGCUGAAGCACUCCAACAUCGUGCGGCUCCAUGACAGCAUCUCGGAGGAGGGUUUCCAUUACCUCGUCUUCGACCUGGUGACCGGCGGGGAGCUCUUCCCCAAAACGUUUGCACGCAGCCACUGCAUCCAGCAGAUCCUGGAGGCUGUCCUCCACUGCCACCAAAUGGGGGUCGUCCACAGGGACCUCAAGCCCGAGAACCUGCUCCUGGCCAGCAAGUGCAAGGGGGCGGCAGUGAAACUGGCCGACUUUGGCCUCGCCAUCGAGGUGCAGGGGGACCAGCAGGCCUGGUUCGGCUUCGCGGGCACACCUGGCUACCUCUCCCCUGAAGUCCUGCGCAAAGAGGCCUAUGGCAAACCCGUGGACAUCUGGGCAUGUGGCGUCAUCCUGUACAUCUUGCUGGUGGGCUACCCGCCGUUUUGGGAUGAAGACCAGCACAAACUCUACCAACAGAUCAAGGCUGGUGCCUAUGAUUUCCCUUCACCCGAGUGGGACACGGUCACCCCUGAAGCAAAAAACCUCAUCAACCAGAUGUUGACCAUCAACCCUGCCAAGCGCAUCACAGCCCAUGAAGCCCUUAAGCACCCGUGGGUCUGCCAACGCUCCACCGUGGCCUCCAUGAUGCACAGGCAGGAGACGGUAGAAUGUCUGAAAAAGUUCAACGCCCGGAGGAAGCUCAAGGGCGCCAUCCUCACCACCAUGUUGGCCACCAGGAACUUCUCAGGUAAGGGGGGGCUCCUGCUGGCUGGGGGGGGCUGGGGGCCGCAGCCCCCUCGCCCACAGCCCCUGCCGAGGCCAGUGCCCCCUUUGCCCUCUCUCUGUCACUGUCUUUCUCUCUUU